CGGAUCGAGUAGUGUAUAAAAGCGAAGGUUUUCGAUUUAGCGUCAGUUCCAACAAAUAGCCGUUCAACGCACGCAGCCUGUCUAAAUAAAAAUCAACCAUGAUGCUUGCCGUCACUUUACUAUGCAUGCUUAUCGGAGCCGCUGUCGGUACCUUCCCAACGAUGGGAGGAGGUUCGAUGAUGUCGUCAGGAUCAAUGUACAACCCAGGAUAUAGCAUGAUGAGUGGAAGUAUGGGCAGAAGUUACUACCCAGGCAGUAUGAUGAGUGGCAGUAUGGGCGGAAGUUACUACCCAGGCAGCAUGAUGAGUGGCAGUAUGGGCGGAAGUUACUACCCAGGCAACAUGAUGGGUGGAAAUAUGGGCGGAAGUUACUACCCAGGCAGCAUGAUGGGAGGCAACAUGGGCGGAAGUUACUACCCAGGCAGCAUGAUGGGUGGAAGUAUUGGCGGAAGUUACUACCCAGGCAGCAUGAUGGGUGGUAGUAUGGGCGGAAGUUACUACCCAGGCAGCAUGAUGGGUGGCAAUAUGGGCAGAAGUUACUACCCAGGCAGCAUGAUGGGAGGAAGCAUGGGCGGAAGUUACUACCCUAGCAGCAUGAUGGGUGGCAGUAUGGGCGGAAGUUACUACCCUAGCAGCAUGAUGAGUGGCAGUAUGGGCGGAAGUUACUACCCAGGCAGCAUGAUGGGUGGUAGUAUGGGCGGAAGCUACUACCCUAGCAGUAUGAUGGGUGGAAGUAUGGGCGGAAGCUCCAUGUACUACCCCGGAAGCGGUAUGAGCAUGAUGGGCGGAUCUUCAUACCCUUACAUGGGAGGAAAUAGCGGCAGUGUAUCCAUAAUGAAGAAGCGCGGAUCCUACUAAACCUAUGGGGCCAGACAGCGGACAAAAGGGAUCGGACUUGUUUUGAAAUAUGAUUUAUAUAUUUGUAUAAUAAAUUCACGCAAGUAAAA